UCCGGGGGGCAGUAGGGGAUGGUGAGAGCACAGGGGCUGCCUGGGAUACUGCGUGACAAAUGCAUGCAUAAAGCGGGAGCGAUUCAGUUUGAUCUUUUAGUUACCAGUUAUAUGUUCUCGCUAUCAUCCCACAUCCAUCAUUCGCAGACGAGAUACUUCAAAGUGUCUUUAAAGUGAAGAUGAAUAAACAGCCCAGUAAAGAGUCUCUGCGGGACCGGGUCAAGGGGAUCUUUGGCCUCGGUUCGACUCGGCCCCACAGCAAACAGACCGAGAGCAAACCGUCAGAGUUCAUCAUCACGCUGGACAUCCUGAUGGAACUCACUCCAGAGUACAGCCUCCACCACCGGAUCAGAGUCAUCAACCACCUGUGCGACCUCGCCAAAUCCAAGAAGUUUGAGGAGCAUGCGGUGGAGGCCGUGUGGAAGGCCGUGGAGGACAUGAUGCAGCCGGAACAGCCGCCUGAAGCCCGUCAUGCAGUGCUGGUGCUGCUGAGAGCCAUUAUACAGGGACAGGGUGAGCGGCUGGGUCUGCUCAGAGCCUACUUCUUUAAGAUCAUUCUGGACUAUCAGCCCUGUAAUGAAGAUCUGGCCGAGAGACUGGAGGUGUUCAAGGCCCUCACGGAGAACGGGAAAGACAUCACCCACCUAGAGGAGGAGAUCGCUCGGUUCGUCUUGCUGUGGAUGGACAUCGGUCUGUCAUCAGACUUCCUGCAUGUCCUCGUGAACUUGGUCAAAUUCAACUCCUGCUACCUGGAUGAGAACGUGUCCCUCAUGGUCCAGAAAAUCUGCCUUCUGUGUAACCGGACGACUUCCUCCACUGAUAUUGAGGUUGCACUGCAGGUGUUGGACGCUGUGGUGUGUUAUAACUGUCUGCCCUCUGACUCUCUGGCGGUGUUUAUCAUAACUCUGUGCCGAACCGUUAACGUGAAGGAGUUCUGUGAAUCCUGCUGGAAGUUGAUGCGUAAAGUGUUGGGAACACACCUGGGUCACAGUGCCAUAUACACCAUGUGCCGGAUCAUGGAGGAGAGGUACUCACUGACUGACUUGUGUUUCAGUAGCCAGUCGACUGUGUACAGUGAGGACGCCGCUCUUCUCAGGGGUGCUGUGUUUUUUGUUGGGAUGGCGCUGUGGGGAGCUCACAGACUUUCUGCCCUCAAAAACACACCCGCUCAGGUCCUGCCCUCCUUCUACAAGGCCAUGAGCUGUGCUAAUGAGGUGGUGUCCUACGAGAUUGUGCUGUCGAUCUCACGACUCAUCAAGAAGUACGGCCGAGAGCUGCAGAUUGUGACGUGGGACAUCCUGCUGUCCAUCAUAGAGAGACUCCUGCAGCAGAUACAGACGAUGGGCAGCUCUGAUCUGAAGGUGAUUGUUUAUGAGUUACUGAGCACCGUCGAGGAGCUGUACGAGCAGAGCGACUUCCACGGAUCCUCGCAGAGAUUCUUCAGCCUGGUGGAGAAGUGUGCCCAUAAACGCCCCGAUGCGUCUGUGCUGACGCUGAUUUCCUACAGAGCUCAGUCCAUCCAGCCGGCCAAAGACGGAUGGCUGCAGAACCUGCUCAAACUCGUGGAGAAGUUCUUCAGGAAUGAGAGCCGUACUGUGAUCAGGAUCAAGGUUCUGCACAUCCUGUCCUUCGUGCUCAGCACAAACCGCCAGCUCUAUGAGGAGGAGCUGAUCGAGGUGGUGGUGAUUCCUCAGCUGGGUCAGAUCUCUGAAGAUCGAGAUCUGUCCGUCAGGAAACAAGCCACGCAGCUGCUGGUGGAUCUCGCCGAGGGCUGCACCACGCAUCACUUCAGCAGUCUGCUCGACAUCAUCGAGAAGGUCGCUAGUCGUCCGUUAACUUGCUCUAUGGAGGGAGAGAGAGAGCUGUCUGUGGAGUCGCCCAUGGAGGACGUCCGCACCGCUAUACUGGGUCUGCUAGACAUACUUCAGAGUAAACUGUACAGUCUGCCGGCCAGUCACGCCAGCCGAGUGUACGAGCUCCUGAUCUCUCAUCUGCAGCUUCACUACAAGAACAAAUACUACAGUGCCAUCGGGAGCUCCAUACGGCUCAAGGUCUUUGAUUUCUUACUGAUGAUGAGGGCAGACUCUCUUCAUCGUCUGGGUGUCCCCAAUAAGGAUGGGGUCCUGAGGUUCAGCCCAUACUGUCACUGUGAUGUCGGAGAGUCGGAGAAAAGAGUGACUGAUAAGAAGCCAACAGGAACUGUGUCGCCGCCAACAGGAAGUCCCACACCGGCGGCUCCGCCCUCCUCCAUUCGCACUGCCUGUCUGCCCUACAGCCUGGCCUUCAGCGUGCUGCUACAGUGCCUGAAGAUGGAGACUGACUGGAAGGUUCUGAAGCUGGUUCUGGAUAAGAUGUCCUGCACUAUCCAGUACAAAGUUCUGAUCCGGACCUCACCCUGCAACAUCGAUCAUCUGUGCUCCACUCUCUGCUCGACGGUGACAGACCGUCUGAUAUCGGAGCGUUUGAAGAAGACUCCUGAUGGAUUCUCCCUCACUGAUGUUCAGCUCGCUGUGGUUCCUGUUCUCACUGCCCUCACCUCCUACCACAGCUACCUAGAGCAGUCCCGACAGAGGGAGCUGGUUCAGUGUUUGGAGAAGGGCCUGAUUUACCGCUGUGCUAAGCAGUGUGUGGUGGCUCUGACCAUGUGCACCGUAGAGAUGCCCGACAUCAUGAUCAAACUCCUGCCCGCCCUCAUCGUCAAGCUCACGCACAUCUCGGCAACCGUUGCCAUGGCCUCACCAAUGCUGGAAUUCCUGUCCACAUUAGUGCGGCUCCCACAUCUGUAUGCUAACUUCGUAGCUGAGCAGUACGUCAGCGUGUUUGCCAUAUCAUUGCCAUACACCAACCCCUCAAAGUUUAAUCAGUACAUAGUGUCUCUCGCCCAUCACGUGAUCGCCAUGUGGUUCAUACGCUGCAGACUGCCUUUCAGGAAAGACUUUGUUCAGUACAUCACCAAGGGUCUCCGUUCAAACGCUCUUCUGCCGUUCGAUGACACUCAAGAGCAGAGCAGCUUCAGAGCACGCAGCACCAGCCUGAACGAGAGGCCCAAGAGUUUGCGGACGACCAAAGUGGCGAAGCAAGGCCCCAGCGCAAACUCUCCCGUUAAAGACCUGAAAGAUCUGUCGGCCAUGGACGCCUUCCGCUCACGAAGCAUCAGUGUGUCCGAGCAUGCGGUGCGCAGGAUGCAGACGUCCAGCACCACCUGCAGCCUGGGCUCGGCUGACGAGAAUGCGGUGAUGCAGGCGGAUGACGCGCUGAAGACCGUCCACCUGGAGCUGACGGAGACCUGCCUGGACAUGAUGGCGCGAUACGUCUUCUCCAACUUCUCUGCGCUGCCCAAGAGGUCUCCCGUUGCAGAGUUCCUGUUAUCCGGUGGCCCCAGUAUGACUUGGCUGGUUGGGAAUAAGUUAGUCACCAUAACGACCAGCGGGGGGUCGCGAACCCAAGCCCUUCUGGGUCUGGACAUGGCAGAGAGACCUGGAGGAGGAGAAAUGACCAGGUCUGACCCUUCAUUACACACCCGACAGACGAAAGAGGCUCCUGCUAAACUUGAGUCACAGUCCGGCCAGCAGAUCGGCACCAGCACUCGCACACGCGUCCGCUCCAUAUCAGGUGGUCACGCUCUGCGGGCCGGUCCAGCUCAGAGUCUCAGUCCCCUGGUGGCGUCUCCUGAGGGCGAGUACAGCGGCCCGCUGCCUCCGCCAGGCCCCCCGCUGGAGGUGCUGGGGUCCCAGAGGGGAGUGGAGGAGCACCCGGCGCCCUCUUCCUCGCAGUCCUCACCACCGCUUAAAGACAUGUCCAGCCUGGCCGAGUUUGUGCCCAUGCUGACGCAGGGCUGGGCCGAGAUCUUCAUCCGCAGACCCUCAGGUAACACCAGCUGGCUGAUGUGUCUGGAGAACCCGCCGAGCCCCUUCUCGUCUGAGCUGGGGAACGUCCCGCUGCAGGAGCUGUCCAGUGUGCUGAUGGCCAUGGAUGGGGUGAAGGAGCCCCAGAGCGAGGCCCCUGUGCCCCAGCCGCAGGGGAGGCCCUGCCCCAUCCAGCGCUCCAACACUGUGGGUGCUCUGGGCUCUUUCUGCUCCGCUGAUACACCCGGCAGGUUACACAGGAGUAUAUCGUGGGCAGAUUCGGUUGUGUUGGAAGAAGGUGGACGGAGCAAAGCAACCGAGUCCAAAGAGCUGGAGGAGUUUGAGGCCGCCCCGACUGAACCCAUCUUCACGAGUGCCGCUACAACACCAGCCGGCUUACUGAGCAGAUCCUCCUCAACAUCUAGUCAGGACGAUGAGAAGUCCACCCUGGAGGAGGUCAGUGAAGGCGGUAUCCCCAUCGAUCAGCCUCCGCCGGCCCUCUCCACCCCGGGACCAAACGAGUCAGACCUUGAUUUCACACAUGGCACCACCCUCAACAAAUCCAGCUCCUCCCCGGAGCUCCAAACACUGCCCGAGGCCUUCACAAAGGCUGCAGCCCAGAGCGCCGCUGACGGAGAUGUGCUCAGCUCCGAGAUCCAGACGGUCCAUGCCGCCUCAGAAAUGGAGGCCUUAGGAGAAAGCGCUUGGCCGGGAGAGAGCGCUUCAUCAGCCGGACCGUCCAGCUCCAGCGCUAGCGUCUCCGUCUCCUCAUCCUCCACCUCCAGGAUGAGGCUGGAGUUUCCCACGGCUCAGCCGGGACCCCUGUCUCCCACCGGACACAGACCCCGUGGACACACCAUCUCAGUGUCCGCACCCUCAUCCCGCAGGGAGAGGAAGAUGGACAGAGACUCGUACCACAACCGAGGAGGACCAUCCAACGCAGAGAAGAGCUCAGGACUCAGUCCCAGUUUCGUCUUCCUGCAGCUCUAUCACUCUCCAUUCUUUGGCAAUGAAGCUAACAAACCCCUCCUGCUGCCCAAAUCUCAGCUGAUCGAUCGUGCCGUUAAAGUCUUGGAUCAGAUGCCUCCGUAUGACACUCAUAAGAUCGGUGUGGUGUUUGUUGGAGCUGGACAGGCUAAUAACGAGGUGUCGAUCCUGUCCAACGAGUACGGCUCCAACCGCUACGCUCAGUUCCUCACAGGCCUGGGAAAGCUCAUCCACCUGAAGGACUGCGACCCAGACCAGAUCUUCUUGGGUGGACUGGAUCAGCACGGAGACGACGGCGAGUUCACCUACUGCUGGCACGAUGACAUCAUGCAAGCGAUUUUCCAUAUAGCCACUCUGAUGCCGAACCGCGAGAGCGACAAGGGCUGCUGCAAUAAGAAACGCCACAUUGGGAAUGACUUUGUGGUGGUGGUUUACAAUGACUCCGGUGAGGAGUACAAACUCGGCACCAUCAAGGGUCAGUUCAACUUCGUGGAGGUGCUUAUAAAACCUCUCGACUACGAGAGCAACCUGGUCACACUGCAGUGCCGGAAAGAUCUGGAGGGUUUGGUUGACACCAGUGUGGCAAAGAUCGUUUCUGACCUCAACCUACCGCUGCUCGUGAGACAGAUGGCUCUGCACGCCAAUAUGGCAUCGCUGGUGCAUCAGUGUAGAGCAAACCCAUCAGACGCCUAUGCUUCAAAAUGGCUGGCAAGAUUGAGACAUAUCAAGAGGAUCAGGACACGGGCUCAGGAAGAAAUUCAGUCACGCCCCACUCACGGAAUCUCUCUGACCCAAAGCCACGCCCCCAUGCAGAAUAAACCCGCCCACCAGUCCUCCGGCGCUGCUCCAAACCAGGAUGCUGGCCAGAGGAAGAGGCUGGUAUCAACCGUCGACGAUUUCACGGACUUUGUCUAGUGAGAGACCCAUGACGGGUUUUUAACUGAGACCAAUAGAUGCUGCGUUCCCAUCAGUCUAGACGAAUGAAUCCUUUCCUGAAUGCAGAGGGCUGUGAGGUUUGGUGUUAGCAAAAUUUGAUCACCUUUAAAACAACCCAGUGUGCCACAGGAAGUAAGAGAUCAGUUCAGCCGGGAUACGGCGUCACUCACUGCUGUGAUUGUAGGAAUGAAUUUCACAUUGGGCUGCUCCGUCUGCUGAAAGAUGGACUGGCAUUAUCACGUGCCAUUUUUAGCAGUACGACUAAAUUGCACAAGGUUAACGCUUUCGUGUUUCUGCACAUUUACAUCCACACGUUUCUUUCUCUAGAACAAACUUGUUCACACACUCAUUUUCUCUUGUUGUUUUUCUCUGAAUAUAUGAAAAUGGUCUAUAAUAUUAACCAUCCAAUCUUUUUGCUUGUUUCCUGUUGUUUUCUUUGUGUUUGUUGGUAAAUGCUUAUCUAAUGAGUUUAUAAUGGUACAACAAGCUAGUACAGUAGACUGCAUCAGACGUGUGUGCGCUUCACUACCAAAUAAAACACUGAAAUGUACAA